UGUUCGCUUUUGCUCGCGUUUUGCUCAGCCCAGCCGCUUUAAAUUAGUUCAUAACAAAUAACUACCACUAAGCCCACUAACAACCAAUGGCAAUAUGCUGUCCUACGACAUCAACGAGCGGCUGCUGAGUGCUGUCCAAAGCGGAGACAUUGAGCAAGCACUCAGCUGCAUCAUGCACGGGGCUCAGGCCUCGUAUGUAUCGCCAAACUGUGGACGCACGGCCGUCGGCACCGCCGCUCUGCUGGGCGAUGCCGAGCUGCUGGAGCUUCUGGUGCAGUCCUGCGAACAGCCGGAACUGGAUGUGUUCCGUCAGACACACACUGAUAGCCUGGAGAUCGAGAGCACACCCGACGGCAUGGAUAAGCUUGAGUGGGUGGACGAGUUCGAGAGCUGCGCGGAGAACAGUGGACAGCCGACUGCUGGAGCCGGUGGCGAGGACAGCAUGUUAUAUCAGUAUUAUGCAAAGACCUUGGAGAAUGGGGAAUUUGUGGCCCAAUGCUGCGCCAGUUGCCGCGAGCAGGACCCACAUCUGUGCGAUGCCUGCCUGACCUCGCCCCUGCACUAUGCCGCCUUCUGGGGGCACGAUGAGUGCGUCCGAAUACUGUUGGAACACAAUGCGCCCAUCAAUGUGGUGAAUAGCGACGGCUAUGGCCCCCUGCAUUUGGGUGCCGGAUUCCCCAAGGUCACACGACUACUGAUCCAGCACGGAGCUCCGGUCAAUGCCAAGACCCUGAGCGACGGCAAGACGGCCCUCCACUUGGCCAUCGAGAGCAAGUCGAAGGAGUCUGCCCAGCUGCUGCUCCAGACAAACAUCAACAUCAACGAAACCGACGACUUGGGCGAGACGCCCCUGAUGACAGCGAUUGCCUGCAGCAUGACGGCACUGGCCAAAGAAAUGCUCGAGCGGGGCGCCCAUAUCAAUAUUCAGGACAAGGAAAACCAAACGGCUCUGAUGCUCGCUGUCAGGGGCCGCCACACGGACAUGGCAAAGCUGCUCCUCGAGCGUGGAGCUCGGCGUCUGGCCUCACAGCAUCUCCUGCACCUCGCCGUCGGACACAACAAUCGGAAGUUGGUGGAGAUUCUGCUACAGUAUGGAGACAGUCUCUCUGUGCGGGACAGCGACAACCACACUCCCAUCAUGGUGGCCAUCUACAAUCAGCAGCCAGAGAUGCUGGGCUAUCUGCUCGACGUGGCCGAGCAGCAGCGUCGUCAGGGCCUGUACAUGAAUGCGCAGGACGAGGGCUUGCUCCUAUUCGCCGUACAGCAUGCCCUCCACGUAGAUGAUCUGCGGGGCGUCCUUAGAGUAUUGUUGUCCAGGCUAACCAGCGCCCGUUCAGAUCUUUAUGGCUCGUGUGCUCCGACCAUAGUCUGCGGUCUUAUCUACUGCCAGACUCCGCUGUCGCGAGCCAUCAACCUGCACCGCCUGGACCUGGCCGAGCUGCUCAUCCUGGAGGGCUGCAAUCUGGCACAGAUUUCCCCGGACCAUGUGGUCAGCGAGCUGCGUUCGAACUGCUCCCAACGGAGCGUGGCCUUCGGGCGAUUGCUGUACAACGCCGGUUUCCAGCUGCCACCAUUCAAAAAGCGAUUGGCAGCCAACAAUUGGUCAGCGUCACGACAGCAACUCGAAAGGGAAUUGUUCCUUCAUGCAAAUAGCCCGCGCUCCCUGAAGUCUACCGCACGUCUGGUAAUUCGCAAAAAUAUUCUUCGGAAUCUGCAAGUGCGGCACUCGCUGGAACAGAAAUAUCUGCCGAAGCCGCAUCGAUCCACCCUCGGGCUAAUCAUCGACGAGUUUGAUAUACCAGAGAUAUUGAAGAAAUAUCUCAGCGACUUUGAAGAGUUGCCCAAGGUGUGGUCCAUAGAGGCGGAUCGCGAACCCAUGCGCGUCUACAGAUCGCCCGAGUCGUGGGAUUAAGAAUUUAUUCAGAUUAUAUCGUUUUUAUAUAUGUGGGGGUAUAUGGUAUGUAGCUUUGAGUUUCGUAUAUUGGCCAAUAUAUUUAUGGUAAGACCUAUCUCUGAA